CUUAACAAUACAGUACAAAAGAAAUCUAUGCAACAAAAAAAACAUGAAGCUCUCUGUCCGCAACAACACCCAUCCUCUGCUCGUCCCGGCACUGCUCGCCACUUCGCUGCUCGUGGGCAAAGUGUGGUCUGCACCCACUGGCGCACCUACUACCAUAUUGGAUGUUGUAAACCAGAUGAUGGAACAAAAUACAGAAUUGAUCAACGAACAGAUGUCACAAUUGGAUUCAACCCCGACAUCAACGUUUCAGUUCUCUAUGGCACCGUGGACAUUUAAGGACCAAAAAGAGGCAUGCUUGAGCGGGGGCGGGAUCUGGGAAACGUAUUUCGACCAGAUCUUCGAAUGCACCGGCCCAAACGGAAACGCCACCUAUAACCUCUCCAACUGGGGUGGUUGCCUGAUCGACAUGGAUGCUUGCGUGAGACUCAAUGGCAAUUGCGCAGACAUGGAAAAACCCUUGACCGAAAAAAUUAAAGAAGAGGGCCUUGAGUGUGGUAACAUAGUCAGUAGUACCGACGGUCCCAUCCCCCAAGCCAGUCCCGCUACCGAUGACGCUUUCAAUGCCGGUGCCUUUACUGAUGACGCUACUGAUGACGCUUUCAAUGCCGGUGACGCUACUGAUGACGCUUUCAAUGCCGAUGACGAUACCGAUGACGCUUUCAAUGCCGAUGACGAUACCGAUGCCCAGGAGUCGGGUUCUCUUCUGGUCGCUUCCUUUGCCUCGGCCUCGAUUGCUGUGGGCAUGGCUGUUGCAAUGAUAUUGUAAAUGACAAGAACAUAAACGAUUGCCCGUCGCUAGCUCUGUUGGACCGAUUAGUUAGUUCCGAAUUGCCCUCAAAAUAGCAAUUCUUGAUGUUCAACAAUCAGACGGUGUCGGGCAAUUCCUUUCGAAUUGUUUGUCACAGAUUUACUGGGAGUUUCUCCAGUAGUACACGGUAAUUGAAAUCCCAGUUUUUAAUAACCAAAGUUACUUAUG